AUGGCACCCAAACCCUCGCAAGAAGUGUCCACCCGUCGAACUUGUCCUGCGAAUGCCAACGCUCAUCCUGGCAGGCCUGUUUUAGAGGCCGAAGCUGAGGAACGACUGCAAAAUACAAAAAGGAAACCACAUACCAAGAACUCGAAGGUCACUGACGACCCAUAUGCGAACGAAAGCCCGGAACAGAUGAGCACGCAUAUUCAGAAGGCCGCUCAAUGGAUCGCUGGUAUUGAGGAUGAUAUGGUGGCUCUUGAAGCCGAACCAAAGGCAAAAAAAACCUCUAGCACAGAUAUUACUGAUGAUGGUCAAACCACUUGUGUUGAUGCAGAGGACACUCUACUGAGCGACGGAGAAGCUGAAGUUGUUGGUGGGAAGAAAAAGAAAGAGAAGGCAGCAAAAAUGUUGCUGAAGGAAGCCAUCAAGAAUGCCUGCAAGACCAAUAACAUCAAUUCUGAUGCAUGUGCCUUGAAUGAUAAGAAAGGCAACAAGGCACCUUUGUCUACAACUAAAAAACUCUCACUCGGCGGUUUUAUCAACGACUGGGCUAACGAUGUACCAGCUGAACCGAGGUCUGCUACACCAAGCUCCAGAUCAAACACCUUUUCUGCUUCUCACGCUGCAACCACUCCGCCCUCAUCAGUAUUUACCACUAGUACCAAGACCAGUUCCAAGGCCAAACCUGUGCACAUCAAUCAGAAGCAAUCGAUUAGCGCACCUGAGUCCAAUGAUGUCCUCAUGGUCAGCGACGAUAGUCUUGAUGACCCUGAGGCUCUUGAACAGCGUCCAGCUGUACUGCCUAGGAAGAAAGGGAAACAGGCGAUUAAAAAGUCUACUCUAAUUGUUCCCGCCAGCGAGAGUGACUCUGAGCCUGAGCAGAUAAUGUUUUCUGCUCAGCCUGGUAGUAUCAAGCGUAAGGCUGAUGAUGACAGGGAUUUUGUUGAUGAGACCGCGUCUGAGGCCAUUGAUGAUACUGACUUUUCGGCUGAUGAUUUACAGGAAAGUCUCUUGCCCAAAGUUAGAUCAAUUCCCGCCAUUGAGAAGGGCCGUGUUUCUCGCAAAACUACAUCAACAUCUACUAUUGUAUCUCAGAGCGCUACCCCUCCACCAUUCAAAAAGUUGAAGAAAGAAAGCUCUGAGGUUACCAGCUGCAGUGAUCUUGUGCCUCCGCCCUCAACCCAAGUCCCAGCGGGUUAUUAUGACGAUGUUGUACCUCCUCCCAGCACCCAAGUCCCACAGGCCUUACAGAAGGCUACUGCAAAGGAGGUUGUUAAGCCGCGCGGUCAAUAUCACAACAAUGAUCUCCCAGUACCUGCCGACUCAAAGUGGGUGAAGGCCUUCUUGUCUACAGCACUUCUCUGGGCUGGAAGUCAAGCUAAUCCAUGGGAAAUUUCCAAGUCUCUGAUGGCAGACGCACUGCAGGAGAUCUUUGAUGUGGUCUACCCUGAUGUCAAGUACAAGGUGAAUCCCAAUGGUGCUGUAUUCGCAGUGACACAACAGCAGCUCUCAGAGUGGAGGAGCAACAUUGGCUCGACAGCACUUGUGAUCGUCGUCGAUUUCUGCCCUCGCAUCAAAGAUGCACCAGAUGACCUCGUCACCAAGCAACUCUUGAAGGAUUGCGCAUUCGUUUAUGAAGACCCGGAUAACAUAUCACGGGAGACAGCCUACCUGUCCGCAUUUGUACUGCAAAUGAUCGCAUCCACUCACCUCAGUGCCAUUGUUGACUAUGCCAGUGUACCUGCAUUGAAUACCGAUGAGCUCGCUUUGGGCAAAGGUAUGGAUGGUGUUAUUCUUGAACAUGCCCUCAAGUUUGUCGAAGACAGCAUCAUCAAUGUCGAUGAAGUUCUCGCGUCUAUGGCCACUGGCAAGUUUUCUGUCAAGCUCCCGGCAAAACACAACAAGGCAACGGGCAAGAUGUUGAGCGGAUGUUACAAAUUUUCCUUCACUAACUGGCACAACGAGACAGAAGCAUACAGGAAGUCGAUCAGCAACAGGAACGAGGACUCAAAACUAAUCAUCAUUUCGCGCGCACGAAGGUACAUGAAGAAGUCUGCGAGGGGAGAUGCCUCGGAUGAAGAUAUUGAGGAGACUCAGAGUGUUGACGAGCGCGCCCUCAUUUGUGAAAAUACUACCCUAUGCGCUUUGACACAACUUCAGCUGUAG